ACGGUAACAUUUUACGGUAAAAAUUCGCAAGGCGCGUGAAAAUAGUUGGUGCGCUGGAAAAUAAACAGAUUCGAAGAGCUAAUGUUGGUCAAGCCAGUCAAAAACACAGUGGAAAGUGCCGGAACAGUUUCGCCGGCCGACAGCUUGUGAAAUUGCGACGGAUCGCAACGCGCGUAACGCUAGAAAACAGUUUGCAUCGAAGCCCCUCCGAAGAGGCGUGAAAAGGCGCCUUUUGCGUUUGUCGCUUGGCGUUGCGAAAUCUAUCGGUUCUGAAGCGCUUUGUGGUUUCGGGAGUGCUUGGCGUGCGUUCCCAAGGAUUGUCAUUGAAAAGUUGGAAAUUGGGACAUUCGGGAACACAAGAACAGCAAACAUGCCCAUCUGCAAGCGGGAUGGAUUCGACCUGAAUCAGAAGGAGGGCAAAAACGAAACAUUCCACGACAACGACCAGGUCUUCUGCUGCUACAUCACCAAGCGCAUUUUCCGCGACUAUGAAAACUACUUCCGGCACGUGAUGGUGAUCAACUCGACGGUGUGGCAGUGCGAGGCCACCGGCAAGGAAAACCUCACCUUCGAGGAGGCGGUGAAGAGUGAGCGAGCGGCGCGCAAGAAGAUGGAGCAGUUCAAACAUAGCCUCCGGGCACCCGUCCUCCUGGUGGUGGAGCACGCUCGCCAGUCGGCGGUCAACACCCUGAACAUUAUGGUGGCCAAAUUCCUGCGCAAGCGCUACUUCAUCGGCGAGGAGGUGUCGGUGCAGACCAAGAAGAACGCCGUGUACACGGUGGUGGGCAUCAAGUUGGACAAGAACAUGCCCGAGCCGGGCAAUGGCAUCUACGAGGACACGGACAGCCUGGUCUACAGACUGCGGCCCAACAAGGGUGACGCCAGUGCGGAAAUUGAGCUGCCCUUCAAGCAACUGCGUCGUUCGCGCAUGGAGUUCAACAUCGAGAACCUGAACAUGUUCAUCAAGAGCAAUGUGUCGCGCGUUGAUGGACUCCUGCGACCAAAGCCAGAGGCCUACAAGCAGUACGUGACGGAUCCCGGCGUGAGCUUCUCCACCAUCUUCAUCGGCAAGAUGCCGCGCUACUCGCCCGCCAAGAUCAAGAAGCCCGACGCCAAGGACGCCAAGAAGCAGUCCACCCUCAACAAGUACAUUGUUGCCGACGAGGCAACGGCUGCCAAGUCCAAGGCGAAGGCCAAGUCCGAUGCCAAAUCGCUGGCCGAGGAAAUGGAGCGAGUGAAGCGGGAAAAGGAGGCCAAGCUGGUAGAACAGGAGAGGGAGAAGGCCGAAAAGAAGGCUCAGCUGAUGGAGCGCGUUGAAAACGAAUGCAAUUUGCUGCUCCAAAAGACAGACGAUCUGGAGCGAAACGAUCAGAAGGUGCUGCCCCGCUAUAAAAAGAUUGUCACUCUGCUGCCCGAGCGCCUGCUGGGCGACGCCUUCAUGAUGCGCGAGUUCAUGCACACUUACACAGGUCUGCUGUCCGGCAUCGAGGUGUUCCGCCAGAAUCUCAGUUUCUACGAGAUGACACGAGCGCUAAGUGCCCGUGAGGUGGCGGGACCUCUGUCGGACAUCCUCCUCGUACUGCUCGGCACUGUCUUCGAUCUGCAGAAGGAGGAAGAGGAGGAGUGUGCAGUGACCUACCACGAACGGGCGGCCCAAACACAUGAGCCCUACUGGAGUAUGGUGAAGGCCGCCAAAAGUCAUCAAUACGCCAAGAGGCAUUUUUCCUUCAAGGUGAACGAACUCCCGCUGGACGCACUGACCCUCAGUGAAGUGCUACGCCUGCAUCUUCUUGGGUCCGGAGCUAUCAUAAAUGAAAAGGCGGAGCGGUGGAGAGUUAUGUACCGCAACGGCUACUCGUCGAAGGAAGAUCCUGGCCUGGAACUUCGCCUGCAGCAACCACACAUUCUCCGCCUUUUGAAAAACCAUUCCGUGUAUCAGCUGAAGUUCAGGGAUAUAAUACUCUUGAUCCGCUGCCUGAUGUCCCAGAUUCUGACCUACUCGGGCACUAUUAAUCUUAUUGAGGAGCGCAUGGAGCAGACGGCGAAGGCCAAGCAGGAUCUGAAGGCUCUGGUAGUCGGUGAAAAUAAGCGACUGGCCGCCGUGGAGAUCAACAGAAAGAAACUCACCCACACGCACCACCUUGAGGUUGGUGCCGCUGAGCCAGAGAAAAGGGAAGCUAUGGUCGAGAAGUUAAACAAGAGCAUCGCGGAGCUGCACGCCCAGUCAGAUAACCAGCAUCGCAAGCACGAACAGCAGGUGCUUAAGCUGCACACACAACUGUUCAAUUUCUUGGUGUACCUUGGAAUGGACAGAUGCUACAGAAAGUACUAUGUACUGGAGUCUAUGCCGGGGAUCUUUGUCGAGCAUUCGCCGGACAGCAUGGACACUUGCUUGGAGCAACCGCCAGCGAACAAGUCGCAACUGGAAAUUCGUCAGCAGGCCACGUUGCCCAGAAGUCGCAAGGACUUGAGGCUAUAUCUUCUCAAGCUCUAUGGUGAAGAUGAUAAGAAGAGCAGGAAGAAGGUCAAGCAAUCGCUGGAAAACAAGGAGAACCAAGAGCAUCGUCUUAACGGCAGUGCCGAGCCCAUGGAAGUGGAAACGGAUUCGCCGGAGGCUCCCUCUCAGUUUGAGCUGAUGAUGUGCAGUGGUGACAAGAGAAACUGCAUUGUGCACGAUCCUAGAAACGGGCAAAGACAGCGUUGGUCCUACAUCUACAAACCCGAGGAGAUCGAGGAGCUAAUUAAGACACUGAAUCCCAAUGGUCUUCGCGAGUUCGAGCUACUCCAAGAGCUUACCGUUCUGCGAUCCCUAAUCGAACAGCAUGUAAAGACAUGCCCAGUGGAGCUCCUCACUCUGGAAAACGAGGCAAUGCGGAAGAAGUUCAUUGCGACGAUGGAAUCUGAAACUCACCGCAAAUAUAAAGAGGCAAACUUUGGAUUGCCGAAUGGCACUGAUUUGAACGAGGUGAUGCGCCUGCACCUAGUGGAUCGGAUUAUUCAGUUUGAAAAUGAUAUUUACACGGGCGAUCUUGGCCGCCUGAAGGUCAAGGAUAUGGAAAAGUGGCGAAACGAUUUGCUCUUAGGUAAAUACGACCCACAGUGCAAGUUGCAGUGGGGCCCAGGCGGCAAACUAGAAGAUGAGGCUGGUUCCGACAACGAAUCCCACGACACUCACGAGGAGGAUGAUGUCGCUCUGUUAGGGAAAUAUGCCAGGAAGCCAUAUCGCGAUCCUGGCAUGUAUUUGGCAGCAUCUGAGGACACAGAGGCCCCACCAGACAGCGACGAUGAGGAGGGGCAGGUUACUAACGCCGUUUCCAUUCCAAUUGCGGUGCACAACAUGGCAUCGGCUCUUCUCCAAGUGGAGCAGGCUAUUGGAAAGCGAUUCCUCAAGGAACCCUUCGGCAUGAAGAAGUGGGACCCCAAACAGGAGUCUUUACGACUCGCUUGCGAAUCGCGUCUGAACCAGUGGGAGGUAUCGCUAAUGGAGAGCACCAGCUUUGCCCAGGUGUUUCUGCACUUCAACAUCCUGCACGACUGCAUCCAGUGGAGGAGGUCUACCAACAAGUCCUUGUGCAAAGUCUGCCGGCGUGGCAGCGAUCCCGAGAAGAUGCUGCUGUGCGACGAGUGCAACGCUGGCACUCACAUGUUCUGUUUGAAGCCCAAGCUCAGGUCAGUCCCUCAGGGCAACUGGUAUUGCAAUGAUUGCGUGAAGAGUCUGGGUCUCAACGAGAAGGAUAAAAAACAGGCGGAAAAGAAAAAGCGCAAGUUUAUUGUAGAAGAGGAGGAGGAGCAAGAGGAUGACGAUAUGUCAGAUGAGGAGGACGAAGAGCAGGAUGAGGAAGUUGCGGACGACAGAAGCGUGGCUUCCACUCACUCGUCUACGAGGGUCUACGGGCGAACUCUGAGGGGAUCCCGCACACGACCCACGGGCAAGCGACUCACAUCGAAAGAGAUUGAAGAGGCCGCUCAGGAAGAGAUCGAAAGCGAGGAAGUCAACGAAUUCGAUUCCAUGACACCCGAUGAUGAUACGGACGAAGAGUCCGAUGACGAGAAAGUGUGUCAGAAGUGUUUCUACGACGGCGGAGAAAUAAGAUGCGCGCAAUGCAAAUUGUUCUUCCAUUUGGAGUGCGUCCAUCUCAAACGUCUGCCGCGUACAGAUUACAUGUGCAAGACGUGCAAGCCGGUGCAACAUCGACCCAGGCGCCGGCACAGUAACAUGAAUGGUGACGGUGACCACGAUGAGGAUGAGCCAAAAGCCAAGCGCUCCCGCAACUCUGUGCGCCUGUCAAUCGACAAGUCCGCCCGCCAGAGCAACGGCAACAACAAUAAUAACAACAACAGCAGCACCAAUAACAACAACCACCGGAGGAGCGGUCGCCGGACGAACGAGAACCUGCCAUUGAACAGUGCCGCCUUAUACGAUCUGCUGGAGCAGAUCAUGAAGCACAAGGCCGCGUGGCCGUUCCUGCGCCCAGUGCUGACAUCGGAGGUCCCCGACUACCACCAGAUCAUCAAGGCGCCCAUGGAUCUGGCCAAGAUUAAGUCCAAGCUGAACAUGGGCUCCUACCAGCUGAACGAGGAGCUGCUCAGCGACAUUCAGUUGGUGUUUAGGAACUGCGAUUUGUACAACGUGGAAGGCAACGAGAUAUACGACGCUGGCUGUCAACUAGAACGAUUCGUAAUCGAUCGCUGCAGGGACAUGCAGCUGCCAUUCAGGCCGAGCGAUAUGAACGGGGAAGUCGUAGCCUGCUGAGGCGAACGCUGAUCUCCGCCAGCUGUCGUGUAAAUUUAUUAGCCUACUCUUAGCCGUAGUUGCAAACCAUCUAGGUUUAAGCACAACCAUUAAGUAUACUUAAAGAUGUUCCCUAUGUUUAAUCUUCGCAUUUAGGUGCAUGCCAGUUCAAAGUUCAACAAACGCACAAGCAAGAAAAUUCUUAUCUGUUACUUUUUGAGACAUUAUGUAUUUUUAAAUUAUUGUAGACAUUACGAAAAUUCCACAAUCAAUAAAAGAAAUGAGAGAAA